AUGGAGCUAGAGGAGUUGGGGAUCCGAGAAGAAUGUGGCGUGUUCGGCUGCAUCUCUUCAGGAGAGUGGCCCACGCAGCUAGAUGUGCCGCAUGUGAUCACCCUGGGACUCGUUGGGCUGCAGCACCGGGGUCAGGAGAGUGCUGGUAUUGUGACCAGUGAUGGCAGUUCAGUACCAACAUUCAAAACACAUAAGGGCAUGGGCCUUGUAAAUCAUGUCUUUACUGAAGACAAUUUGAAGAAAUUAUAUAUUUCAAAUCUUGGAAUUGGUCACACGAGGUAUGCCACUACUGGAAACAGUGAAUUGGAAAACUGCCAGCCCUUUGUUGUUGAAACACUUCACGGAAAAAUAGCAGUGGCACAUAAUGGCGAAUUGGUCAAUGCUGCCCGCUUAAGGAGAAAGCUUCUCCGUCAUGGUGUUGGUCUGUCAACAAGCUCUGAUAGUGAAAUGAUUACCCAGCUACUGGCAUAUACCCCUCCCCAUGAGCGAGAUGACACACCAGACUGGGUAGCAAGGAUUAAAAAUUUAAUGAAGGAGGCACCCACAGCAUAUUCCCUGCUGAUCAUGCACAGAGAUGUUAUUUAUGCAGUACGAGAUCCAUAUGGAAAUCGUCCUCUGUGCAUUGGUCGUCUUAUUCCAGUAUCUGAUAUAAAAAAAGGGAAGAACCCUUCGGAAACAGAAGGAUGGGUGGUGUCCUCAGAAUCUUGUAGCUUUCUGUCUAUUGGUGCAUUAUAUUACCGUGAAGUCUUGCCUGGAGAAAUUGUGAAAAUAUCCAGACAUAAUGUGCAAACACUUGCUAUUAUACCAAGGUCUGAAAGGGAUCCAGUGGCUUUUUGUAUCUUUGAAUAUGUUUACUUCGCAAGACCAGAUAGCAUAUUUGAAGACCAAAUGGUUUACACAGUAAGAUACCGUUGUGGUCAGCAGCUGGCAAUUGAAGCACCAGUGGAUGCAGAUUUGGUCAGCACUGUUCCGGAAUCUGCCACACCUGCUGCUCUUGGUUAUGCAGCAAAGCGUGGGCUUCCAUAUGUGGAGGUGCUGUGUAAAAAUCGAUAUGUAGGAAGAACCUUCAUCCAGCCAAACAUGAGAUUAAGACAGCUUGGUGUUGCAAAAAAAUUUGGAGUUUUGUCAGACAAUUUUAAAGGCAAAAGAAUUGUUCUUAUAGAUGAUUCAAUUGUGAGAGGCAAUACCAUCUCACCCAUAAUAAAACUGCUCAAAGAAUCUGGCGCAAAAGAGGUACAUAUUAGAGUAGCCUCGCCACCAAUUAAAUUUCCAUGCUUCAUGGGAAUCAACAUUCCCACAAAAGAAGAACUUAUUGCCAAUAAACCAGAAUUCGAUCACCUUGCAGAAUAUUUGGGAGCCAACAGUGUUGUGUAUCUGUCAGUGGAAGGGCUGGUUUCAUCUGUACAAGAAAGGCUAAAUUUUAAACAGAAAAUGGGAAAGCAAGAUAUUGUGAUCCAUGAAAAUGGAAAUGGUCUGAAGUGUUUUGAAAAGAACGGUCAUUGUACAGCUUGUCUCACUGGAGAAUACCCUGUAGAAUUGGAAUGGUAG